UCACUUACACAUGCUGGCUGGUGCAAUAAUUUAUCAGAGAAAUAAAAAUUGAAAAUCGCAUUUUCGGGAGUUCCGUCACAUUGUCCUGUUUAAAGUUAUCAAAAUAUAUUACUUAUUGUGUAAAUUGUUGUAAAAAUGUUGUGCGCUACUCGUGCCAUUAGACAAAAAGUGUUGGAGUAUUCCGGCGUGGGAACGGAAUUUUACACACAGAAGAACUUCUACUCAGUUCUCAAAAAUAGUGCAGCUCCAACAGUCCCUAUUUACCAGCGGCAUGCCACACAAUUCAGACACAAGUCCGAUGGAGUACGGGGUGCUGUUAUCGGCAUUGACCUGGGUACCACAAACUCCUGUGUCGCCGUUAUGGAAGGCAAAACACCAAAGGUGGUGGAAAACAGCGAGGGCUCCCGCACCACCCCCUCCCACGUGGCGUUCAGCAAAGAUGGCGAGCGGCUAGUGGGGAUGCCCGCCAAGCGGCAAGCGGUCACAAACAGUGGGAACACAUUCUACGCUACCAAGAGGCUGAUCGGGCGCAGGUUCGAGGAUCCCGAGGUGCAGAAGGACAUGAAGAAUCUCUCCUACAAGGUGGUGAAGGCUUCCAACGGCGACGCCUGGGUUCAAGGCAGCGACGGCAAGGUCUACUCGCCCAGCCAGAUCGGUGCCUUCGUUCUCAUGAAGAUGAAGGAGACGGCCGAAGCUUACCUCAACACCAGUGUGAAGAAUGCUGUCGUCACAGUGCCGGCUUACUUCAACGACUCCCAGAGGCAGGCCACCAAGGAUGCUGGACAAAUCGCUGGUCUGAACGUGUUGAGAGUCAUAAACGAACCGACGGCGGCCGCCCUCGCGUACGGAAUGGACAAGACCGAUGAUAAAAUCAUCGCCGUCUACGACCUGGGCGGCGGCACGUUCGACAUAUCGGUGCUGGAGAUCCAGAAGGGGGUGUUCGAGGUGAAGUCCACGAACGGGGACACCCUCCUCGGCGGCGAGGACUUCGACAACGUCAUCGUCAACUUUCUAGUCGACGAGUUUAAGAGAGACCAAGGCAUCGACCUCCGCAAAGACGCCAUGGCCAUGCAGCGUCUGAAGGAAGCCGCCGAGAAGGCCAAGAUUGAGUUGUCCGGGUCGCUGCAGACCGACAUCAACCUGCCCUACCUCACCAUGGACGCGGCAGGGCCCAAGCACAUGAACCUCAAGAUGAGCCGCUCGAAACUGGAGUCGCUGGUGGGCGAGCUGAUCAAGCGCACGGUGGCGCCCUGCCAGAAGGCGCUGCAAGACGCCGAGGUGCAGCGGAGCGACAUCGGGGAGGUCCUGCUCGUAGGCGGCAUGACCAGGAUGCCGAAGGUCCAGUCGACCGUCCAGGAGAUAUUCGGCAGGGCUCCGUCGCGCGCCGUGAACCCCGACGAGGCGGUGGCGGUGGGCGCGGCCGUGCAGGGCGGCGUGCUGGCCGGCGACGUCACCGACAUCCUGCUGCUGGACGUCACGCCGCUCUCCCUGGGCAUAGAGACGCUGGGCGGGGUGUUCACCAAGCUCAUCACCAGGAACACCACCAUACCCACCAAGAAGAGCCAGGUGUUCAGCACGGCGGCUGAUGGGCAGACUCAAGUGGAGAUCAAAGUGCACCAGGGCGAGCGUGAGAUGGCAUCCGACAACAAGCUGCUGGGGCAGUUCUCGCUGGUGGGCAUCCCGCCGGCGCCGCGCGGCGUGCCGCAGAUCGAGGUCACCUUCGACAUCGACGCGAACGGCAUCGUGCACGUGUCCGCCCGGGACAAGGGCACCGGCAAGGAGCAGCAGAUCGUGAUCCAGUCCUCGGGCGGUCUAUCCAAAGACGAGAUCGAGAACAUGGUGAAGGCGGCCGAGCAGUUCGCCGCCACGGACAAGCAGAGGAGGGAGCGGGUGGAGGUUUCCAACCAGGCCGAGGGUGUUCUCCACGACACGGAGACCAAGAUGGACGAGUACAAGAGUCAACUGCCCCAGGAGGAGUGCGACAAACUGCGCGAGGAAUGCGCCAAAUUGCGCGAACUACUCGCCAAGAAGGAGGAGGCCGACCCCGAGCAGAUCCGCAGCGCCACCGGCACCCUGCAGCAGGCCAGCCUCAAGCUGUUCGAGCAGGCGUACAAGAAGAUGGCCGCCGAACGUGAAGGUCAUCAGCAGACGACAACGGACUCCACUCAAGACGAGAAGAAGGAAGAGAAGAAGAACUAAGUUGACUGUUACAUUAUAGAGUUAUGUGGUUUGUGUCAGCAUUUAUAUACCUACAAGGAGCGCCGGUUCGCGAAGUCGUACAAAUACCAUAUUGAAAUAGUGACGUUUAUAAUGAAUCUA